GAAUAUUUCGACCCUUGGCCGCCACCACCACCCCGGACCGAUCACAGCCCAGAGUUGUUGUGCACCUCACCUUCAAAUUUCAUACGGUCUUUUCAUAUCAAAGGAGGGUCAUAAUGGAGCGCCGAACCUACGAAAGUCCUAUGGAAUGGGAGUACCAAGAUCGAGGUCCUCUGGAUGCAACUAGCCCAUUUUCUCAUGUUGCAAAGAACAACACUCAGAACAGCUUCAGCUCGCCCAACAAAUUUGCAAGUUCCAAGCCGAAUCCCUUCUCCAGCCCUUCCAAACCGACCCUAUUCGCGGGCACCCCUUCGAAGCGCCCUCCACCCCCACCGCAGAUCUCUCUCUUCUCCCCCAGCAUACAGAGCAGCAACACAGCGUCGGCGUUCCGAAACCCGGCCUUUACUACCCCACGCAAACCGUUCGACGAGAGUUUAAUGUCGGAAGCUUCAGGCGCAGAAACGAGUCCCGCUCUGACGGAAAAUUCGGAACUCCCAGAUGACACUCCUGACGUUGACCGAUACGGAGACACAAGCAUGGGUACCGUUACUCCUUCUAAAGUCGACAAAAGCUUUCGCUACGGCAAGGCCGGUCUCCAGUCAUUGAAGCGUCAUGCACCAGGCAGGGGAGAGAUACCCAGGAGUGCACGAGAAUACCCCGCUAUAAGGAAGCGGAAGCGACACAACCUGGACAAAGACGUCGGAAGUGUACGGUAUCACGCCUCACAGGAUUGGGAUGACUCGCAGGACGACUCGGACGAUUACGGAUCUCGCUUGGCGGCUGCUCGCGGCGCUAAGGGUAGUAAGAAGAGGAAGAACGGUCGCGGCUGGAUCAGCAACCUAUUCCACACUCUGGAGGAACACCCGAACGCACCAGAGAACCUCUACCGCUGGAUCCAGCUUCUCGUCAAUUGCAUCAUUGUCUCGGCCUUUGUCUUCUUCUGCUGGUCCAUCUUAGAUACGGUUCGGUCGGAUAUCCGGACCGCCAACGACGCGGCUCGUUUAGAAAUCGAGAACAGGAUGGCCGAAUGCCAAACAGAAUACCGGCUGAACGAAUGCGCCAAAAAGGACCGGCCAGCGUUGAAAGCAAUGUGCGACGAGUGGGCUGAGUGCAUGAUCCAGGACCCCUCUGCGAUCAUGAGAGUUCGAGUCACCGUCAAGCAAAUCGCGGAAAUCAUGAACGAGUUCGCUGGUGCCAUGCAAAUCAAGGCCUGGGUGUUCUUCUUCGGCAUCCUUCUCUUGUGUAUCGUCGCCAAUAAUCUGACGCUGGGUCGCAUGGCGAACAAUGCCGGCCCCACUCACCCGGCACCGUCGCACCGCGCUGCGUCUGGGCCCGCUCCAGAACCGUCGGUGAUCCCGGAACCAUCUCAGGCGUACAUGUGGGUUCCAAUUCAAACACCGUCGCACCGCCGUCACAUUCAAUAUGACAACGACGACACCGAUACGGACGCAUCGCCGCCGAAAAUGAAGUCGAUCAUGCCGCCUCGCACGCCAUCUGGACGUCGUAGUCCAAGUAAGAGCGAUCGGGAUCGAUUGCGGAGCCCGACUAAGUAUGGAGGACUCAGCCCCAUCAAGGGUUACUAAGAGCGAGCAGAGAGUUUUCUCCUCGUAUCUUUUUCUUCUCCGUGUCGUUAUUCAUACUCUCAGGCAGGAACCAAGGGUUGGGAGGUUAUACAUGCAUGGUAUGGGAGUUGCGAGGCUCAGUUGUAUAAUACAUGGUUUUAGGGACAAGAUUUUAGGCAGAUGCGGUGUCAUCUGGAGACUUUGAGCCAAGUCGCUUUCUUGGGUGGGUCAGGAAACAAAAAGCAAAGGUGCGGCACUCACUGGGUACAGAGGGAGAAUGAUAUCUGCCCUUGAUAUCCACCCUCACGAUAUUGAAAUGUUCAAUUGUCAAUCGUUGUUGA